AUGAGGACUAGAGACGAUAAAGAUUUCAAAGAGUUUUAUCUAUCAUUGAUCGAAUAUCAAGCGUCGGCCGUUCAAAGUUUAGGCAAAAAAUUAAAAGCAGAAGUCAGAGAAAUUUCAGGUUCUCAUUUAGGUAGUAACAGCGAAGAUGUCGUUGAUCGAGGUGAAAAUGAGGAUGCAGCAAAAGAGAAGAUGAAGAAAGCGUACUUUAUAGUAUGUGAUAAAAUUGGCUUGGAUUGGACAAAACUGGCAGCAUUUCUUGAUUCUGAUAUUAAUUUAGAUACCAUUAUAUAUCAGCAUGGUCAUUCUGUAUUUAAUCAAACAAAAGCAUUCCUGGAUAUUUGGAGUCAGAAAAAUCCAACUAAAGCCACUAUAUCUGUAUUAGAAAGUGCCCUAAGAACCAUUUACAGAAAUGAUAUAGCCGUUGAAUUACGAAAAUUGUAA